AUGUUUUUCCAGGUCGCGGUGCAUUUCCUGAAUAUGUUGUUCUACAUAAUUCAUUUGAUGAAUGUAGUAAUCAGACCUAAAGAGAUUAUUGAACUGAUGAUGUCAGCCUUUAUGUCAGCAUUGUAUAUAUUUCCGAUGAUCGUAUCGAGUCUUCUAAGAGUACUAGCUUAUGAGUUUAUGGCAAUUCUGUUGGUGUACCGAUGUGAGCAGGCUUAUAAACAAUGCGAUAAGAUCCUGGAGAUUACUGACGUACUGUUAGUUGAUACAAAACAUCAAAGUGAAAAGAAGGCUGACCUUUUGGAAUUUCGGAACAUACUCCUCACAAGGCCUAUCAAGUUUCACGCUGCUAAGUUUUUUACAAUAGACUAUCGCACACUUGUGUCUUUAAACUCUGUGAACAUAAAUGGCGUACCUCUUGUUAGAACUGCUACAAACGUCAACCAAAAUGAUAGCUUUCACGAAGACUCUAAAGUUAUGAAUGUUAUGACAAAACUUCACUUGAUUGGAGAUUUGGAAACUACAACGUUCAUCAAAUGUUACUUACAAUUGCUUGAGCAAGUAAAUUUUGUGAACACUAGUUAUGGAUUUCGGAUUGUGAUGCAUUUCGUGAAUAUACUGUUCAACUUGGUUUAUUUGUUAAAUUUAGUGAUCAGACCCGUACAAAUUCUUGUAGAGGUAUCAUCACCUUUUAUGUCAGAGCUGUCUGUAGUUCUGGCGAUCACAGCGAGUCUUCUUAGAGCAUUAAAUUAUGAGGCAAUGGCCAUUAUGUUGGUGUAUCGAUGUGAGCAGGCUUAUAAACAAAGCGAUAAUCUUCUGGAGACCAUUGACGUACUGUUAGCUGGUACAAAACAUCAUAGUGAAACGAAGACUGAUCUUAUGGAAUUUCGGAAGCUCCUCCUCACAAGGCCUAUUAAGUUUCACGCUGCUAAGUUUUUUACGAUAAACUAUCGCACACUUGUGUCUCUUAACUCUGUGGUCGUUACGUACACUAUCAUAAUGCGGGAAAACAUUUUAUAA